UGGAUCGCUGGGUGCCCUGAAGGUGCACCUAAAAUCUAUUGUGUUCAGGAUUCCUGUCUAGCACAGGGAGACUACAGUUAUGGCAUCCAAAAUCAAGGGCAGACCUCUUAAACAACCAAAGGUGACUCCUGAUCUGCCAUCUGACGAUUUACAGCAGCUAGAUGAAAAUAACCCAGGAAACAAUCCGGCCCUUGAAACUGGUGGGGAAAGCAGUUCUUCCUGUGAAACAGUUGGACCAAAGCCAGGGCUUAGUAAGAAAUCUCUCAAUGAAAGAAAGAGAAGGUACGUGCUGAAUGUAAGUAAUACGGUCCACAACAUCGAGUGGAACAUUGACCACUUCUUGAAACUCCAGCAUGAGCGAAGGCAGAGACUUUAUCAGGACUAUUCUCAUCAGUUUUUGACUUUGGUUGUGAUGUGGAAUAUAGAUGUAGACCAAGUCAAGAAACAUUCGGAAAAGCUCUCAAAUAUACUUGAUGAGCAACAAAAGCUUUUUCAACAAUUUCAAAGUAUUCAUAUGCAGAAAAUAGAAGAAUUUAAGAAGUUAUGUGAUCGACACUUGAAGAAUCUACAAGCUAUUAAGAGUUGUCGCCGGAAAGCUAUUGUUGAGGAAACCAGAAAACAAAUGGACUACUUGGAAAGGAAACUUACAGAAGGAACUGUUCAUGUAAACCAGCAGGAAGAAAAGGAGGGUCUUCAGUCAUCUCUUCUAUCCCUGUUAUUUUCAUAACAGCUUGAAGAAAGAAGCUGCACCACCAUGAAAUGAUUGCAUGAUAUGAUUAUUUUCUGAAUCUACAGUGACACGACACUGCAAUUGUAGUGAAUAAAAAUUCCUUGUUCAUAUUUCUGAGGUGUCAGAAAAACUUUGUUGAGACUGUUUUGUUUUUGAAAUUUAUCACACAUGUAGUAUGUGAUCAUCAGGGAUACGGGAGGGCUCCUGUACAGCUAAAGCUCAUGUCCUGUGAUUUCCCAUAUGUAUACCCUGGGAAAUCUUUACUUGGGAACAUUUGAUUUAAUAAACCUGAAAUUGUUUCAGAAAAAAAAAAA